AGAAUUUCAUUUGAAGUAAGUUAUAAUAUUUAUGGUUUACAUACGUAUAUAUAUUUAAAACUGUCAAACAAAUACAGUAGGUGAAUUACAAUAUAUUUAUGAGAAUAUACACUAAUUGAGUUAAUAAUAAUUGUUUUUUAAUAAAUUAAUCUCAACUAAUUGUAAAUUUUAGACAAGAAAUGGCUGAGAGUUGUGGCGGUUCUGUGAUUAAGAUUAUUUUAUUUGUGUUUAACUUGAUUUGGGUGGUUUGCGGAGUGGCUCUUAUAUACCUGGGUAUUCGGGUUCUCCUCAAAUACACUGCGGAUGUGAACGAUAUCGUGAAACACACGCCAACCUAUUCGGCGAUUGUGUUGUUAGCGACGGGCGGACUCAUUGUAAUCAUUGCCUUUUUGGGCUGUUGUGGUGCACUCCGAGAGAGCUAUUGUAUGCUUAACACGUACGGCGCUCUUAUACUAUUAUGUCUGGCAGCGCAAGGCGUGGCCGCAUAUCUGGUCAUACAAUACAAUUAUGAUGUGGAAAAGCACGCAAACGAUGGUAUAUACGCGGCUUUGGAGGCAUACAAAUGGGAACUGCCGGACAACGAUCCGGCAAAUCGGGCCAUCAAUGAGUUCCAGAAGCAGUUGCAAUGUUGUGGCGCUAAAAACGUUACCGAUUGGGACAAAAUCACUGAACACCCGGGUUUUUAUCCGGCGUCUUGUUGUAAGAAUGCGGACGAUAUUAUCGACACCCGAUGUUUGAAAGGGAAUACAUGGGACAAGGGAUGCACUAAAGCGCUCAUCGAUUACAUAAAGAUAUAUUUGGGAAGUUUAGGCUAUAUAGCGAUUGGUGUGGCUUUGAUUGAGUUAUUGAUCAUAAUAUCUGCCUGUUGUCUGUCUCGGGAUAUUAAAAACACAUACGACAAGUACUCCAACCCUAUGCCCAGCCCUUAGAGCCCAUGGGACGACAACAAUGUUAUGUAAUUACGGUAAUAACAGACUAUGAUUUUACAUUGUCUUUUAAACAUUCUGAUGUUUAAGUUGCCAUAACCUAUUGUUUACUAUUUACUUACUCUAAUAAUUAGAUUGAUUAAUUAUUAAUCAAUAAGACAAGAAUCUUUAGCAAUUAAACAAAAUUGUUUUAUUAC